GUGAAAAAGGCCCUGUCCCCACGCUUAAGGAGCUUCCUGCCUAAUGGGUAGACUGGCGGCUCAUUGGGUCAUUCAGCAAGUAUUUAUGGGCCUCCCUCAGGGCCAGGGCCAGGUGCUAAAUAGAUAGUGUCACUGUUCAUCAGGCAGUCACUGGCCACCGAACCCCUUCAGGGCCAGACCUCUAGGAUGUGGAGAAGGAAGCACUGAGUGAGAUAUGGACAGAGCCCAAGCAUCUGGGAUUCAGUGAACAAACACUUAAGCACUGUGCUCAAGCACUGUGCUCAGCCAAGGGCGAUGGGGGUGGGAGGAGGAAGAGAAGAGCCUCUGCCCCAAGGGACCAUAGGUCAGGAGGGAGCUGACUUGCAUUAGCCCCACUCUGCCCAUUGCCCAGUCACCAGCCCUGAGCGGCUGAGGGCAGGCUGCGUAUGCGGAGGAGUGGCAGGGUGCCGCUUUCAGGGGUCAUAGCUAUGGACAGGCAAGGGCUGGCGGCCUAGGAGCACAAGAGAAGCAAAGGGUGAGAGUGGGAAAUGACUCCCAUGGUGCGCAGCAAGAUGGUCCAGGAUCAUUCACUCUCCAGGUCGGAGGGCACCCAGACCCCAAUCUCGUCACAAGCCAGCCCAGAGCCAGAAGCCAAGAGUGGUGACCCUGCGGACAGUGGGACCAGAAGCCCAGACAGCCCUCCAGAGGGAGCCUGGCAGUCAGACAGCGGUUCCAGGAGCGGACCCCUGGACGAAGCAGUGGACGGGCAGCUGUUCCGCUCAGUGGAGGGCCAGGCCGCCUCCGACGAAGAAGAGGAGGGUGAAGAGAAGUGGCAGGAAGAGCAGAGGUCACUGGCAGAGGUCAAGACGUUGCUGAUGCGCCUCUCCAGCUGCAGAAGUGGGUGUGAUGACCAGACAGCCAAGAAGCUCAUGACUUACUUCGGCCACUUUGGCAGUGGUGACCAUGCCUGCACCCUGGGACAGCUGGAGGCCCGCAUCGCCAUGCUGGUGGAGCAGCUGGGGACCCAGGGCUGCCGUGGGAAGGCCCUGGGGACACCUGGGGAGGAGGCAGAGCUACAGCAGAAGGUGGAAGAGAAUGAGCACCUGAGGCUGGAGCUGCAGAUGGUGGAGACAGAGAGGGUGCGGCUGUCCCUGCUGGAGGAGAAGCUGGUAGACGUGCUGCAGCUCCUGCAGAGGCUCCGGGACCUGAACAUAUCGAAAAGAGCCCUGGGGAAGAUUUUGCUGAACACACUGGAUGCUUGCAAGGACCCCACACACGAGGGGAUAUCUGGACCCUCGGCCAUCUUGGAUGCCCUGCACCAAGCUUUGGCUGGCUGUGAACUCCUGCGGAGAGAGCUCUCAGCACCAGCCUCCACAGCUCCUGCACUCACCAACCCCCUCCUCAUCUCCUGCUGAGGUCACUGGCCCAGCCUAUGGGCACCUUGGUCAGCCUGACUUCCAUCAGACUAACCUCCAGAUUAGCCUGACCACCACCAGACCAGGUUCCAUAACCAGCCUGACCACCAUCGGGUGAGCUUCCAUGGCUAGCCCAACCACCAUCACAUCCUUAGAACCCUGGAGAUGCUGACUCCUUCUGAGACUGGGCUCAACCCCAGAGCCUCCCACAACAGAGCCUGGCAGACAUCCUUUCCUUGAGUUCCUCCCAGCAGCCCCUGCAUUCCUGCUGCCACAGUUCACAUUCAAGCCCUGGGGCUGCUGGAUCAGCCCAUACCUGCUGUUGCCUCCCCUGCCCACUUUCUCACACAGCCCAGCCCAGAAUCCCUUCCCUGGUCUCCUGGGGUCUUUUCCCCUCCCAGCACUGUCCCCUUCCUCUCACUGCUGUGCCCAACCUCCAGGCCACACCUGGCCCACUGGGGAAUUCCCACACCCCCAGAAGUGUUGAAGACCAGGCAGGGCUGGGGGAACACAAGGCGGGGGUGGUUACUGCAAGCUUCUGGAUGGAAGCUGCCCUUCAACUAGCUCUAGAAGAGUGGUAGGAUUUAGACAAACAGAGAGAUGAGGGAAGGGCAUUUAAUGUGAGGAAACAGCAAGAGCAAAGUGUGGUGCCAGAAAGGGCCCCCAUUAGUACAGUACCUGGGACACCUCUUUCCCAAGCAUAUAGUGGGUACUGGAUUUCAUGGGGUCACAGGAAGGAGUAAGAUAAGCUGCCUGGUCUCACCUACCUUAACAUCUCGUAGGAGAGAAAGAUACACUGACAAAUAGUGUGACAUGGGUGAAAUCAGUGCCAAAUCAAGGUAAAAUAUUUGCAAGAGUCCAGCCAAGAGGAGUUCAUCUGAGCCAAGGAGUACGGAUGCACCACAGAGGGGAACUGAAGGGAUGAGGGCAGGUGCCUGGAGGGACAGUAGCAGGUCAUGGGGGGACUCGAUGGCAGACGAGGAUCUGGGACUUGCUCCCAUAGGCAGUCGGGAGCCAUUGGAGGAUUCUGAGCUGCCUCAUGGAGGGUAGAUGGAGGGGAGUGAAGAAGAGGCAGCUGCAGGACUGUAGGAGGAAGGGGGCACUAGGAGCCUGGAACCAGAGCUAGGGGACACAGAAGGGGAUCAUGGGAGAAGGAGGAUCAAGGGGUACCCAGUGGGGAGUUUGGGAGCAGUGGGCACUCUGGGGCAGGGCAGCAGGGACUGGGGACAGACAAUGCCUGACUGGCAUUCCUGACUUGUCUGGCCUCAGACACUCAGCAGCUUGGAUGGGGGCGGGAGGCAUCAGGGAGCCACUGCAUGCUCCUGAGCAGAGUGACACAGGCCCCCAGUCUCCCUAUGGUUCCUCUGGGAAUGGAAUGAAAGAGACCAAGGCCAGUGGCCAUUCCAGAGGGGCCACGCUACCCUUGGUCCUGUCAGAUGGGCCAGGCUUUUUUCAGAAGGUCCCAGGACUCCUCAUGGGCCAGUGGACAGGACUGGGCACUGAGGAGGCUGGUCUGAGCAGAGAGGGCUGUCCCAGCUUGCUCCUCGCAGCUCAGCCUGAGCCCACCAGGCCCUCCUCCUCUGGCUGUGCUGCUAAUGACUGCAUGACCCAGGUGAGGCCCACCUGUGCCCCUGCCCAGUAAGAAGGGUCAGCUAUUCCAUAUCCUGACCAUGAUGUCAGUCACGGGAAUCUACACAUGUGUUAAGAUUCAUAGAGGGGUGCCUGGGUGGCUCAGUCGGUUAAACGACUGCCUUUGGCUCAGGUUGUGAUCCCA